AUGGCGGCUCCCGCCGGCGGCGCGCAGGCGCUGUGUGCGGCGGGGGAAGGCGGGCCCGCCGAGAGGAAAACUACAGUCUCCGGCGUGCACUGCGCCGCGCCGCGCCUGCCAGCGCGCCUCGCUGCCCCGGUGCGUGCUGGGAAAUGUAGUCCUUCGGGAGGGGCGAAAGGAGCCGCGGGGGGAGCUGGAGCUGCGGCGUCGGAGCAGCCCUCCGGGUGCGCCCCGGGCGCGGCUCCCCCAGGGCCGUCCCGGCAGUGUGGCUGGGCUGCAGCUUCCCGCCAGCCGCCGCAGGGACGGGCAGGGCAGGGCGGCGUCCUGCGCGGGCAGCAGGACGCGGAGGCCGGUUGCCCGGCUCAGCCCGGGCUCACCCUUGGCAGGCGGGGCUCCUCGGCCGGGCUGCGCCGUGAAGCCUGCGCGGGCCUGCCCGCCCCGCGGCCUGCCCCGGCCUGCCCUCCGCGCUGGCUGCCCGGCUCCCGCCGCGCCGGGACCGCGCCCCGCCAAACCCGAGCUUUGCGCCUUUUGAUGGCUGGGAACGUCAGCACAAGGCUGUCGUCGUGCACGGUGUCGUGCUGCCCAGAUCUCAAGCUGUGCGCCCAUGCCAUGCAGCUUCCUGAGGUCCUGAGAGGUGCCCUGCGGAUGAAACCCAAAGUUAUCUGAGAAAGGGUGAGAGUGGUAUCCAUGAUAUUCAGAGUGCAGCAGACAGCAGGGAUGUUCGUUGCUGGAAUCCAGAAUUUCGUAAUGUGGCAGCCACUUGCUGAAAGCCCUGCAGAUACAAAACAACAUUUACUUUAAGUCUUGAGAAACAUCUCCUACUAAGGGAAGAAAAAAGCAUUUAGGUGAAGCAAUAUUGCCAGUCCCAUUUGUUUAUAAGGCUUGGUUUUUGUCCUUGUACUUUUAAAAUGCUUUUUAUUUUCAUUCUGCUUGUUGUGGUCUUCAAGCUCAUAUUCCCAAUUUUUUCCAUACAACAAGAAAGUCUGGAAUCAGGUCUUUACUUUAAAAACAAGAAUCUGGUUGAGAGACCCAUUUAAUUGUGUAGCUCCAGAUAUGGGGUGUUUAAAAAAUAAAGCCACUUUUGUGAGAA